AUGGUUGAUGAUGAGAUCACCGCACUGGUAAUUGAUAAUGGAUCAGGAAUGUGCAAAGCAGGAUUCGCUGGCGAUGAUGCGCCUCGUGCUGUUUUCCCUUCCAUCGUUGGACGUCCACGUCACCAAGGUGUCAUGGUUGGCAUGGGUCAAAAAGAUUCUUAUGUUGGAGACGAAGCUCAAUCAAAACGUGGCAUACUAACACUAAAAUAUCCAAUCGAACAUGGAAUCGUUACUAAUUGGGAUGAUAUGGAAAAAAUUUGGCACCAUACAUUUUAUAAUGAGCUUCGUGUAGCACCUGAGGAACAUCCGGUACUUCUCACUGAAGCACCGCUAAAUCCCAAAAGUAAUCGUGAGAAAAUGACACAGAUUAUGUUUGAAACAUUUAACUCUCCGGCAAUGUAUGUAAACAUCCAAGCAGUAUUAUCGCUCUAUGCAUCUGGUCGUACGACUGGAAUUGUUUUGGAUACAGGAGAUGGUGUUACACAUACAGUACCAAUUUACGAAGGUGAUAUUGCAGCAAGAUAUGCGUUGCCCCAUGCUAUACAUCGUCUUGACCUGGCUGGUCGUGAUCUCACAGAUUAUUUGAUGAAAAUAUUGACCGAACGUGGGUAUACAUUCACAACAACAGCUGAAAGGGAAAUUGUUCGUGAUAUGAAGGAAAAAUUAUGCUACGUUGCCUUGGAUUUCGAUCAAGAAAUAACUACUGCAGCAACUUCAUCAGCGCUUGAGAAAAGUUACGAAUUGCCUGAUGGACAGGUUAUAACUAUUGGAAAUGAACGUUUUCGAUGUCCUGAAGUAUUGUUUCAACCAGCAUUUGUUGGUAGAGAAGAUCGUGGCAUCCAUGAGACAACAUAUUUUUCAAUAAUGAAGUGCGAUGUGGACAUUAGAAAAGAUCUUUAUGCAAAUAUCGUUCUAUCAGGAGGUUCCUCCAUGUUCCCUGGCAUAGCAGAUCGUAUGCAGAAAGAAAUUCAACUAAUGGCUCCAAGCACGAUGAAAAUCAAAAUCAUUGCACCACCCGAGAGAAAAUACUCCGUCUGGAUUGGUGGCUCCAUCUUAGCCUCGCUUUCUACGUUCCAGCAGAUGUGGAUAUCGAAACAGGAAUACGACGAAUUAGGUCCACCUAUUGUACACCGCAAAUGCUUCUAA